AUGCACUUCUCGGCCAUCACCGCUCUCACCGCCCUCGUCGCCUCGGCUGCGGCAGCCCCUUCCUCCAACGACGCCCGCCAGGCCCAGCCCAUCGGCGUCAACUGGCCCGUCGUCGGCUUCACCGAGGGCUGCUCCCCGGGCGGCUGCAUCGCCAACUACCAGGUCUCCGCGCCCGCGGGCUACCUCAAGGGCGCGCCCGGCUUCAACGUCACCUGCUCGCCCAUCUACAUCCAGAAGGGCUGGGUCGACUGCGUGCCCAACGGCGACGGCUCGGCAUCGGCGGCCGACGGCUCCCUGGUGCAGGCCGUGUGGUACGGUGCCGAGAACCGCGACGACAUCCUCGUCACCGUCGCGCACAUCUGGACGCAGGGCAUCCAGCGCACCAACGCUACGGCCUGGAAGGCGAUCCAGCCUCCCCAGUCGGACUUUGACGUGCCCGUCAUGCAGAUCAGCGCUGUGGUAUAG